UUCUCAAGCCUCAUCAGUCGACAACAGACGAAGACUAUGGCUUCCUCUAUAUCACAACAGUUAGAAGAUCUAUUAAAUCCAUUACCAAAGUUCACAGAUCCAGAGGACGAUCAAGAUGAAGCCACUAAGGCCAGGGUAAUAGAGAAGUUCGAUGAGGGCGAUGAGGAGGAGGACUACACUUCAGUCUCAGGGCUCAAGAAACGUAGUUCCCACAUCUUGGAAGAAACUGACCAGCGCUAUGCGGGGAAGGCGACAUCUCGGAAGGAACUGCAGAAACUAGUAGCAGGAUCAGAUGAGGAGGAUGAUGACACUGGUGACGACGGAGAUGAUGAUGAAGGUGGUGAAAGUGAUGAAUUGGACGAUGAUGACGAUGAGGAGGGUGUUGACGAUGAAGAAGAGGAUGAGGAAGAAAGUGACGAGGAUGCUCCGGUGAAAACUAAACUGAAAAGUGCCGAUAUCACCUUUCCAAAAGAGACAGACUUUCGCAAACUAACAGAAGGAAUGGAUGACCUUGGAGUAAGUGAAGAGGAUGAUGAAGGAGAUAGCGGAGAGGAAGAUGAAGACGGCUCAGAAGGAUCGGAAGAGGAAGAGGAAGAUGAGGAGGAGGAAGAGGAUGAUGAGAUGGACGCUGAUGCUGUGAUGACAUUUUCUAAAGAGAAGGUUGAUGAAGAAGUGGAAAAGGGAAUGUGUGUGAAAAAUCAGCUUGCUCUUUGGGACCAGCUUCUGGAGAGCAGGAUCAAGCUCCAGAAAGCUCUGGCCACGGCCAAUCAGCUUCCCCAGCCCCAGACCUUCCCGGAGUUCAAGAACAAGGGAGACGCACAGUUUUCAGGAGCCUUGAAGAACAGUCACAAAGCGCUGAAGGCCUUGCAGAGGUCCCUAGUGGACCUUCAGGAUCUUCUCCUGCUGCAGAGCCCGGAGACCAGGGUCAUCGCCCAGGGCAAGGCAUGGAGCGCAAACAGCAAGAGUAAAGCCAUGGAGGAUAGUGAUCUGGAUGAGGAGGAUGAAGAGGACGAAGACGAUGACGACGAUGAUGAAGAUGAAGAUGAAGAGAAGUCGAAGGGCUCGCAAAACGGAGGGGCUCUCAAGCGGAAACUUGAAAUGUCAGAGUAUCCCGAUUUCAUGACCAAACGCUUUGCCAAUUUUGAGCCCUAUCGCAACAGCACCCUGCAGAAGUGGUACGACAAGACACGACUCACCAUGGGCAAGACCACCAAGGGUUUUGGGUCAUUUGACCGGAACAUUCUGACACAGGUUGAGCACGUGCUGAUGGAUAAGGAGAGGUUAGUCCGCCGCACGCAGACGCGCCGCUCCCAGUUCCGAGUCCUGGGCAAGCCCGAGAUCGUCGCCCCUGUGCCUGAGCCAGCAACUACAGAAAAAGAGGCGGUAGAGCAGGCCAUGCUGAAGGCCAACGCACACCUCAAAGACCUGGACGAGGAGAUCUUCGACGACAGUGACUUUUAUCACCAGCUGCUUCGAGAGCUCAUCGAGCGCAAGACCAGCGCAGCUGAUCCCAAUGACCAGGUGGCAAUGGGCAGGCAGUGGCUGGCCAUUCAGAAGCUGCGCAGUAAGAUCAAGAAGAAGGUGGACACCAAGGCCAGCAAGGGCCGCAAAGUCAGGUUCCACAUCCACAGCAAGCUGGUGAAUUUUAUGGCUCCAGUGGACCACAGCUCUAUGCAUGAUGAGGCACGGACGGAGUUGUAUCGGUCACUCUUUGGAGGCGACGCGCUCGGUGGUGCCGCCCAGGCGUGAGGGCCUCUAACCCUGCAGGAGCGUGGACGAGGGGAACACGGGGCUCUUCUCAUUCGUCUUUAUAUCUAUCCUCCCUUCCUUCCUUCCUCGAUCCUCCGGCUUAUUCGCACUGGUCUAUAAAGAACACUGGAUAGACUAUCCCAUUGUUGCCGCCCCAACAUUCUUUAUAAAUCAGUGGGAACGAGCUGGAGAACAUCAAGGACCGAGGACCGAUGUUGAGAAGAGCCCAGUGAGACUGGACGCAGCCUUCAUCAUGGGCACUGGGCUCUUCUCAAUCGUCUUUAUAUCCAUCCUCCCUCCCUCGGUCGUCCAGCUCGUUCCCACUGAUCUAGAUAAAGAAUGAUGGGGCGGCAACAAUGGGAUAGUCUAUCCAUCAGUAUCCCAUAGAUCAGUGGGAACGAGCCGGCAGGACUGAGGAUCGAGGAGAGAGGUUGAGAAGGGGCCAUGGAGCCUGGGUGCAGCCUUCAUCAUGAACUGUGGACUAUUUAGUUUUUUGUAAUUUUGUGCCAGAUUUGUACAUUUUCUGUAUAUUUAAAAUACAGCGUCAUGAAAUGUGACUUAGUUGAUUUUAAAUACACUUUGUACUUUUUCACUUCUCCGAGGCGUAUGCAGUGUGAGAGUUGAAAUGAUGUUCAUCCAUUGUAUUUAUCUUGUGUGAUAUUUCUCAAGGUCACACCGUGUGAACCUUCAUUUCAUGUACAAAGGAUGCUAGAUGAAUGACUGGAUAUGUCUGAAUAGUGUUUUGUACAUCAGCUACUAAAGAUUAUAACAAUGUGAGGGGGGGGAGCAAAUAAACCAUACAAAAACAAA